CCUUGCUGUUAGUCAUCAAUCUACGCAGUCUCUCCCCCCACCUCGGCCCGUUCUCUCUUGAUGUCGCCCCAGGAGUUAAAUUAAACGACGCAUUUUGCAUAAUUAAUAGAUCUGGUGUUUGCACACAGGCAGGGAAAUGGUGACAAUAGCGAGAAUGAUUAUGCUGGUUUUGUUUCCUUCUCCUUAUCGCAGUCCCCUAGUCACAUGGUUUUGAGCUUGCUUAGGAGGGCAGACCAAAAACACACCCACACCCACGCAGGCAAACAAACACACACACACACACAUCUGCGCGAUCUGAGGGCGGAUCUGUGUAGUCCAGACUCCAGGACUUCCUCAGCAAACCAAAGCGGAGCCUGCAGCGCAAUCAUGGAUGAAUCCGGGCCCCGUCACGGUCGCUCCGCGUUUGUGGGGCUGGUGGGAGCGUCGCAGGUGCUGGGUCUGGCGUCGGUGGUGGUAACCGGCGUGUGGAUGGGUCACUACCGAGGGGGUUUCGCCUGGAAUGGCUCCUCCCAGGAGUUCAACCUGCACCCUCUGUGCAUGGUGCUGGGCCUGGUCUUCCUGCAUGGCGACGCCAUCCUGGUCUAUAGAGUAUUUCGUAAUGAGGCGAAGAGGAAUGUGAAGCUGCUCCACGGCAUCAUUCACCUGCUCGCCCUCAUCCUCAGCAUCAUAGGUUUUGUAGCUGUAUUUGACUUCCACAGAGCUGCUAAGAUUCCAGACAUGUACUCUCUACACAGCUGGUGCGGCAUGACUACCUUGGUUCUCUUCUGCAUACAGUGGGUGAUGGGAUUGAUGUUCUUCCUGUUUCCUGUUGCAUCGGCAUGGCUACGAGCUGCUUACCUCCCCGUCCAUGUGUUCUGCGGCUUGGUUCUACUGGUUAUGGCCAUAGGGACCAGCCUGCUGGGGAUCACAGAGAAACUCCUCUUCAGCAUCAUGUCCACCUACCCCCAGUUUACCUCAGAGGGAGUGCUGGCCAACGUCCUGGGGAUCCUGCUGGUGUGCUUUGGAGUCCUGCUGGGUUACUUGAUCACCAGGGAGGAGUACAGGCGCCCGCCAAACCCGGAGGAAGAGUCCCUCUCCGUCCACUUCAAGACCCUGACCGAGGGCGGGUCUCCGGCCACACCCUGAUCUCACUGGCGACACCUGGUGCCUCACCUCCUCAUGUGGAUGCAAAGUCCACACUAGCUGUGCCAUCACUUUCUGUCAGUACCUACUUACAAAGUCAUGCAUUGAAAUUUCAAAUGAGUUUUUUGGUUACGCCAUGGUUCAGUGGAAGCUCUAAUGAUAUAUUUUUCUCCUUUGGAACAACUGUGGCCUGCGCACCUAUUGAUUCAACUUGAGGUUGAGUGCAGUAACUUUUAUGCUAUUGACUGCUGUGCCAAUCCCAAGUUUACAUCACAACACUCUCGUUCACUUCUACACAGAAAAUGUAGGGUUAGACUUUUCUCAGGAGCAUAUACAUCAUGACCAAGUAAAGAAAGUAAAAUCUACGCACUAAAUAAACUAAAUCACCUCUCUCAGUGCCAUUGUCAUUUACUUUUUUUGGUACAUAUAUUUGGAAUUGAGCAGCAAUUCCUUCCGGUCUUUUUUUUUUUAACUUAAAUCUCAAUAUUGACAAAAAGAAAGUGGUUUCCUGAAAACUGCUAUAAUCUAUGGGUUAAAAAAUGGAUUUGGAUCCGUUCUAGUCUCUUUAAAGCACCAAAACUUUCUUAAUUAUUGUGAAAUAUUAGGGUAGUUGAGCGGACUAGAGUAGCUCUCUAUGAAUUUAAAACAAAUGCUCCGUUACGAAACAUUUAAGUUCCUGUCUCUGCCAUCCUAUUUUACGUCCACUUCCCAAAAGUCUGAAAAGUAUGUUCUGUGCCUGAAGCAAAUGACGGUUGCAGAAAAAUGUACAGAAGCCUGCAAGGAUUAGCUUUGUGGUAUCAUUUAAUAUAUAUAUAUAAAUAUAUAUAUAUAUAUAUAUAUAUACACAUAUAUGACAGAAAUAGAAAAUGUCAGAAAAAAUAGGUUUCCCAGCUGAUUGGCCUCAGGGAUAAUUCCAGAGAUGAUAGAUUUAGAUUGUACUUGUCAAACGGCACAUAUGCUGCAAUCAUCGGUGUUGCCUCAUCUGGCCUGUGGUGUUCCCCAAGGCUCCCUCCUAGGCCCCUUGUUGUUACCUAUUUACAUAGUGUUCAUCAUGUUUGUUAUACCAACUAUACCCUGCAAGAUGUUCGUAUUUAAAUGUCAACAAUGGUUAAAAAAACAAAAACAAAACAAAAAAAAACUGUUGGGUGUUUGUGCAAUUUCUAUUAUUUUAGUCUGAUGCACUUUUACCUAAAGAUGUUAAAUUUGUGUAUUUUAAUUUUUUUUUUUUUUUUUGCUGCUUCUGUCUUUGAUUUCAAAACUCAUCAAUGUAUUGUGUCAAAUUGAAAGCUUCGUCAAAUUUAUAUUAGUUGAUGUUAUUUAUCUUUAUGUACAUCUUGACAAUGUCAUCAUUUAGAAGGAAGUCCUAAUCUAUUUUGGGACAGCCUGAAAUAAAGAAAGUGUGUGAAAUGAU